AUGGCCAACUCCGUCCCUGCCGAUCGGAAUCUGCUGAAGGAACCGAGCUAUCCAAGCAACUGCCUGCAUUUUAUCCGAAGUUAUGCCACGGAUUCCACAACCCAAAGGAUUAAUAUCCCAGUGUGCCUGAAUGUUAUCAUUGUCGGAGCGGGUCUCGGGGGCCUGGCGACCGCCAUUGCCCUGGCCCGCAACCACUCUGUGACAAUCUAUGAACAAGCAAAUCAAUUGGCUGAGGCAUGA